AUGCCGAAUAACGAUCCAUUCUCAGAUAGAACCUCUCGGCCAGUGGCUGUGGAUUUCAUCGAUAACCGACUGCCAAAGUAUCACCCCGCCUUUAUGAAUUCUACAUCACAUUAUGACACAGAGGUCGGGAAAUAUGUUCCCAAUACUCAAGUCGCCGUUUCCACAGAGAGCAGCGGCGCCAUCUCUCUGAGUAACUCAUCCGAACCAUUAGAUUACGGAAUUUCGUCUCCGAGGCCAAAUUGGACAAAUAUCGACGCGUUGAAAUGUUGGAAUGAUCUCUUCCCCGCCGCCCUGAAUAGACUCAUAGCAACAUCGCCAGAGCCUAGUGGACGUUCAAAGUCAGAAUAUAGUAUCCGGCAAGGUAAAAGCGAUUGGAAUGCUGUCUACAAUGCACUCGAAAAUGCAAAAGCCAAAUAUGAGCAGUCAAACAAAGUUACAGGAAUGUUGCGCAAGACUGGCGAGAACAUUGCCCCUGUUGCGCAGGCACUAAAGAUCGCUUCGAACAUGGACCCUGGUAGCCCUUAUUCAACGCCUGUCUUAGGCGCUGUGAAUAUCUUCUUGGAUGCCGUAAAAACUGCUGCAAAUGUCCGCCAACAAGUUCUCGAAGAAUUCAAUGAUAUUAUCCCAAAGAUUUACGACAUAGAAUUCUUUCUCGUUACAUUUCCAGAGGAUGUCCAUAUCUCAAGCGCAUCACUCGAUCUCACUGUUACCAUACUUCUUGCAAUUGAGCAGACCAUUGGCUUCUUCAUUAGUAAUCGCUUUGUCCGUGGAGUUAAAGCCAUGGGGAUGGGAGCCAGCUACGAAACAGAUCUACUGAAGAGCCUGAAUACCAUCAAAGGCAAAAGCAAAAUAUUAUUGGAAGAAGCCGAAAAAUCGCAAAUGCAUAAAUUCGAUCGGCAUUCCCAAAGAAUGGAGAAGGGCCAACAGCAAGUACUACAAGGCCAGGCAGAUUUGCUUAAUAUUGUUCAGUCACUGCUCAUAGACCAUGAGAAGCAGAAGAAAGAAGUACGGGAAAAGGACAAUGAGAUUCAACGAAUGCAUGUGAAACUUGAGCACUCCUUGCAGACAAUCACAACUCUUACUAUCCAGAAUGAAAACUUGCGGAGCAUCUCGCCGAUACAGAAUACUAUGUGGCUUCCACCACCUCAUAGGCCAACACCAACCUAUACAUGGUACCUAAGCCAAGAUGCCCUGCGCUGGAUGAUUAAGAUCCCGGAUGCCGAUCUCAUUGAUAUCUCUUUCAUUCAUGACAGGAAGUCUUCACUGUCUACGAAAGACAUUGCGCAAGCCGAGCAAAUUGUCCAUUCGCAGGUAUUCCGCAACUGGAUUGUAUCUCCAAACUCGGCCAAACUGAUGGUUCACUGGGAUUUCCAGCCACCAAAGACGAUCGCGGGCAUCUCGCCUCUAUCUCUAUUUUGCAGUACCCUAACACAAGGUCUACGAGCCAAACAGCACAUGCUAUCUAUAUUAUGGUUCUGUGGGCGGCACAUUGACUCAAGCGAUGCUGGUGAGCAUGUUGGUGGCCAUUCUAUGCUCGCUAGCAUUAUAGAUCAGCUAUUACGACAACAUACAUUUGACACGAGGUCACUGUCGAGUAGCUUCAACAUGGCAAGCUUGCAGCAGAACGACUAUAAUGAAUUGCUAAGCUUAUUUGACUGGCUUGUGAAAGAAUUACCCAGUACAAUGUCACUAUUCUGCAUUGUCGAUGGUGUAGCGUUGUUUGAGCGAAAGGAAUAUUGGGAGAGGAGUGCACCGGUAUUUCUAAAGAUGGUUAAUCUGAGCAAUGAUCCAACUGUACCAGUUGUUGUGAAAGUUUUGUUCACAAGUACGCCAGGAACUGAUAUGGUGAGAGGAGCAUUUGAACAAGAGGAUCUACUCUUAGAGGUUGGCAACCUACUGAAGUGGGCGUCGGCGCCAAGUGAAGAGCGUAUGGCACGAGUGCUAGGAGACUAA